GCGUACUAACUUGUGAAUAUAUGCUACUCUGGGAGCUUCUCACUCAGAUCACAACUCCCAUAAUGUCGUUGAUCUAAUUAGUCUCUCAUCGACACACGUCUGCCCUAGAUCGGCUGGCCACCAUGCAGUCUCCCUUCCCCAAGUCCAACUCGGCCAGCGGGGAGGGCCGCAUAGUCGCGAAACUACUCCCCAACGGCCUACCAGGACUAGAAACCGUCACGUACAAAUAUCCGCUGAAGCUCAUCUCCCCUUCUCCGACCGCCGAGCAGAAGAGUGCGCUGGUCUUCCUCCUAUCCUACGGUGGCGGGCUGGUCGGCGGCGACUCGAUCCAGCUCGCCGUCGAGGUAUCACAAAACGCAAGACUGAGCGUCGUCACGCAGGGCCAUACGAAAAUUCUCAAAUCCCCCUCCCCGGAUGUUAUCACUCGCCAGAACCUCAGCGUGCGUGUUGCUGACGAUGCUGGCCUCUGUCUCCUACCCGACCCCGUGCAGCCCUUCGCCGGAAGCGUGUAUGAGCAGACCCAGGUGUUCACCGUAACCGCAAGUGCUUCCCUGUGUCUGUUGGAUUGGGUCACCCAAGGCCGGUCGGCUCUAGGCGAGGACUGGAGUUUCGUGCGGUGGAAAGGCCGGAACGAAGUCUGGCUUACGGGAGGAGAGGCAGCACCAGCCGAGGACCGUCUCUUGCUCCGAGACACGGUCGUCCUGGACGAGGGCAGCCGUGACUUGACUGGAAAGGGGCUUCACGCGUCUAUGCAUGGGCACGGCUUAUUCGGGACUCUGAUCCUCCGAGGCAAGCAGAUGACACGCCUAGGCGAAUUCUUCCUUUCCGAAUUUAGCUCUCUUCCGCGCCUGGGGGCUAGGGAUUUUCGCUCGGCCGAGGUCAGGGAGAAAGAAGACAGCAACAAGUCGGCCGAAGAACAGUGGCGACUGUCGCGUCUCCAUGCAGAGAAGCAGCAUGGUAUUCUGUGGUCCGCGGCAAGCAUUAGAGGCUGCGUAGUUGUCAAAUUUGGCGCCAAGACAGUGGAGGGUGGGCGACUAUGGAUAGGAGACAUGCUCUCCAGAGAAGGGUCUAUAUCAGAGUUGUACGGAGAUCAGGCAAUGAUGUGUGUAAGAUAGGUACCUAGGUAGAUUCUACAUUAUAUAUCACGAGAGACUGAUCAUCAAGCCGAUCUCAGGUCAAAAGGUACCUUAAGAUUAUAGGUACCUUAUCCUUCCAGGUGUUGGAGACGGGACACAAGACACACCACAUUUGGGACAGAACAGCGAACUCACGAUCUUGUCUACUCGGAAAGUACCAG